AAUAAUAAACAGAGGAAGAAGUAUACGUACGUCAUGGUCAUGUUAUCUAUUUCUUUCGCAGGGCUGUAUAUUAGGCAUGGGGUAGUGAGUUACUAGUGAUCCAAGACGGAUAUCGGAUGGGGUCAUCCAAUCAGACAUGGCGUUGUUAAUCUAAUAUGCAUGUCGGGUCAGCCUUAUAGGUCCAGACUUGCAUAUUGCGAACAUUGGGCUGCCGUUUUUGAUGAGGCCUCGUUCGCCGAGUAGAUAAAUAAUUAUCACGGCACAAGAUCCGAACAUCCCCUCUUUUGGAAAUAUCCAGUGAUUUCUCUCCACGGAGAGCGUGAGGAAUGUGGUUGAAUCUUAUUUCUAUCUGAGAUUCGAAGAAACGUGUCAUACUUCUAUAACAUAUCAAUAACAGAAGAUCUGCAGAAUUAAAAAAAAAAAAGAAGAGUUCUGACAUUGUUUUUGUGUUUUUAUUGAUUUUGACGUGGUACCUGAGUGAAUUGUCAAUCCAGAAAUCAAGCAGUCAUUUACCAAAGGCCGAUCAAAAUCGAAGUGAGCAACUCAACCACAACCACAUUUAUAUCCCAUCUCAUUGUCAAUUGGUGAACAUGAGUACAUCUUCCUCAUCAGCAGAGACGGAAAUUUCACUCACGAGUGAUUAUGAGAGAUUGAACUCAAUCACUGCGGAGGACUCAAGAACGAGCGAAUCAGACGAUAUUAAGAGUGCGAAUAAGGGGAAAGGGAUGUCAUUGGGGAUUCAACAAACUCAAUCAACUCCGUCAUUUUUACGGCGAGAGAGAUCAUCAACACUUUCAAUGCUGAUGAGACGGCAAACUGAUGGGGAAUCGGUUGACAGUGGACCAAAGUCUGCGGGUUUUUUUGAUAAGAGGUCGAGAUUUGACGGAACGAGGAAUAGGGGGAAGGGAGGAAAGAAGGAUGGGGUUAAGAGGAGACAUUCUGCUAAUGAACAUACGAAUGUUUAUACUGAGUAAGUUUUGUCAUGGAUCUCGAGUUAUUCACACUCUUGGAGCACUAUGCUGAGAGCCUGGGUCUCUUUUUGUGACAAUUCUUAUAUUGCAGUGUACUAACUUAAAGAAUUAAAGAUGCGGAAGACAUUCAGACGAUUGGUUAUUUGGAGGGUUUUCUGUUUCGGGUGCAGUGAAGAGAAUUUGGCAGAAGGAUGGCAAAGAUUCUGGUUGAAGUUUGCGAGAUGGAUUGAUGGAAAGAAACACACAGUGAUGGAAAGAGAAAGAGAAGCGAGAAGCGAGAAGCGAGACCUACCUCGAAUUGGUCUACGUAUACGCAUAUCAGAAUGGAGACACAUAGGGGCCGGCUAUAGCUAGGGAAGAGAUCCACGACGAGCAUCUCUUGUUCCUGUUAUAUUCCUAUUGGGGAGGAACUUGCAGUUGG